GCCGCGCCCGCCCCGCGCGCCCUCCCCUAGCUGGGCCCCUGCCAGCCCCACCCGCUCCCGCCGCCCAGCCGUUCCGCCCCCCGCAGCGGCCCAGGGACAGCUGGCGGUGGGGGAACCCUACCUCAGGGACUUAGGGAGGAAGGAAGGACAAAGCCGGACACCCCGGCGCGCACACACACCUGCUGUCCAGGUGUUGAAAGACAGAGGAGAGGAAAGACAGGGAGAGAGACAGAGACAGAGAGAGAGAGAGAGAGAGAGACGCGGAAGGACAGAGACGUGGAGACAAACAGAGAGAGACUUGGAAAGAGAAAAGGCAAGACGGGACAGGAGAACAAGGACCAGCUCAGCUGCCCCCGGAGCCCCAGCCCUGCCUUCAUGCCCAGCAGGUGCCCUACCUGGCCCAUCCUCCCAAGGUAAGCCUCAGCCAGUGCUGCAGGCAGUCUGACUCACAGUCCCUCAAGUGACUUCCAAGGAGCAUCUGCAGACAAGAGGAUGGCCCAGGUCCUGCACGUGCCUGCCCCCUUCCCAGGGACCGCUGGCCCAGCCUCCCCACCGGCCUUCCCUCCCAAGGAGCCCGACCCACCCUACUCCGUGGAGACCCCCUAUGGCUACCGCCUGGACCUGGACUUCCUCAAGUACGUGGACGACAUUGAGAAGGGCCACACGCUGCGUCGUGUGGCAGUGCAGCGCCGCCCCCGCCUGGGCUCUUUGCCUCGCGGCCCCGGCUCCUGGUGGACGUCCACCGAGUCACUGUGCUCCAACGCCAGUGGGGACAGCCGGCACUCAGCCUACUCUUACUGUGGCCGCGGCUUCUACCCUCAGUAUGGUGCUCUGGAGACCCGCGGUGGCUUCAAUCCGAGGGUGGAGCGCACACUGCUGGAUGCCCGUCGCCGUCUUGAGGACCAGGCAGCCACACCCACCGGCCUGGGCUCCCUGACCCCCAGUGCAGCUGGCUCGACGGGCUCCCUGGUGGGCGUGGGGUUGCCACCCCCGACACCACGGAGUUCGGGACUGUCCACGCCAGUGCCUCCCAGCGCUAGUCACCUGGCCCACGUGCGGGAGCAGAUGGCAGGAGCCCUGCGGAAGCUUCGACAGUUGGAGGAGCAGGUGAAGCUGAUCCCGGUGCUCCAGGUGAAGCUGUCGGUGCUCCAGGAGGAAAAGCGGCAGCUCACAGUGCAACUCAAGAGCCAGAAGUUCCUGGGCCACCCCGCGGGGAGCCGGGGCCGCAGCGAGCUCUGCCUGGACCUCCCCGAUCCCCCAGAGGACCCAGUGGCACCCGAGACCCGGAGUGUGGGCACCUGGGUCCGAGAACAGGACUUGGGCAUGCCUGAUGGGGAGGCAGCCCUUGCCGCCAAGGUCGCUGUGCUGGAGACCCAGCUCAAGAAGGCGCGGCAGGAGCUGCAGGCAGCUCUGGUCCAGCAGGCCCACCCCCAGCCCCAGGCCUGGCCACCGCCGGACAGCCCGGUCCGUGUGGACACUGUCCGGGUGGUGGAAGGGCCGCGGGAGGUAGAGGUGGUGGCCAGCACAGCCGCUGGCACCCCUGCACAGCGGGCCCAGAGUCUGGAGCCUUACGGGGCAGGGCUGAGGGCCCUGGCAAUGCCUGGUGGGCCCGAGAGCCCCCCUGUGUUCUGCAGCCAGGAGGUGGUGGAGACGAUGUGCCCAGCGCCCACUGUGGCCACCAGCAACGUCCACGUGGUGAAGAAGAUUAGCAUCACAGAGCGCAGCUGUGAUGGAACAGCAGACCUCCCACAAGUUCCUGUUGAAUCAUCCUCAUCACCCCCAGGGUCCGAGGUAGCCUCCCUGACAGAGCCUGAGAAGACCCCAGGCUGGGUGCCCAACCAGGACACCGCCCACAGGGAGCCCACCAGGCAAGCAGCCUCCCGAGAGUCUGAGGAGGUCAGGGGCGCCGGCGGGCCUCUGGCAGGCGUGCAAUCUAUCAUGAAACAGAAAGAGGAGAUUGCAGACCACACGACCCACCAGAGGAGCCUCCAGUUCAUGGGGAUCAAUGGCGGGUAUGAGUCGUCAUCCGAGGACUCCAGCACCACAGAGAACAUCUCAGACAAUGACAGCUCAGAGAACGAGGCCCCAGAGCCGGGGGAGAGGGUUCCGAGUGUGGCCGAAGCCUCCCAGCUCAGGCCUGCAGGGACGGCAGUGGCCAAGACCAGCCGGCAGGAGUGCCAACUGUCUCGAGAAUCUCAGCACAUACCUCCAGUAGGGGGGGCGUCAGGAUCAAAUAUGGAGGAGGAGAUCAGGAUGGAGCUAAGCCCCGACCUCAUCUCAGCCUGCUUGGCCCUGGAAAAGUACCUGGACAAUCCCAACGCCCUCACAGAGCGGGAGCUGAAAGUGGCCUACACCACGGUGCUGCAGGAGUGGCUGCGCCUGGCCUGCCGCAGUGACGCACACCCCGAGCUUGUGCGGCGGCACCUGGUCACGUUCCGGGCCAUGUCUGGGCGGCUGCUGGACUACGUGGUCAACAUCGCUGACAGCAAUGGCAACACGGCGCUGCACUACUCCGUGUCCCACGCCAACUUCCCGGUGGUGCAGCAGCUGCUGGACAGCGGUGUCUGCAAGGUGGAUAAACAGAACCGUGCUGGCUACAGCCCAAUUAUGCUCACUGCCCUGGCCACCCUGAAGACCCAGGAUGACAUCGAAACUGUCCUUCAGCUCUUCCGGCUUGGCGACGUCAAUGCCAAAGCCAGCCAGGCCGGACAGACAGCCCUGAUGCUGGCAGUCAGCCACGGGCGGGUGGACGUGGUCAGAGCCCUGCUGGCCUGCGAGGCGGACGUCAACGUGCAAGACGAUGAUGGCUCCACGGCCCUCAUGUGUGCCUGUGAGCACGGCCACAAGGAGAUCACGGGGCUGCUGCUGGCCGUGCCCAGCUGUGACAUCUCACUCACGGAUCGGGACGGGAGCACAGCUCUGAUGGUGGCCUUGGACGCAGGUCAGAGUGAGAUUGCGUCCAUGCUGUAUUCCCGCAUGAACAUCAAGUGCUCGUUUGCCCCGAUGUCGGAUGACGAGAGCCCUGCAUCGUCCUCGGCAGAAGAGUAGCCGUGAGGGAGGCCACACGCUGACCUCCCCUGGGGCCAACCAUCCCUUGUCCCCGUCUCCUCCUUGUUCCCGUUCAUCCCUGACCCACCCCACUCCCGCUCCCCAGGGCCCACGGCUCAAAGGCAAGCACAUUUUCCCUCUGCUUCCCUGGGGGAGCCCGACAGCCACAGGACUCCAGCUCCAAGCGGGUUUUCUUGGCUCCCCGGUUCAAAGCAGCCGCAGCGCAGACCGAAGCGAAAUUCUUGUAUACAUUGGCGCCAGUGCCGAUGCUGGGGUGUGGGUUUUAUGAAGAACAUUGAGAACAAUCAGCUGGUAAUUAUGGAUGGAGGAAGAGGGAACAGAAAAAAAUAUUGUAUUUUUGAAUCCUGUUGCAGAAGCGGGGGGCGGGAGUCUUAUGAUUUGUUGCCAGAUUUGAAAGUCACUGGAACUUGCCUCUUUUCAUUUUAAUGCUAAGUGUUCUUUCACUCCGGCUGGGGCUCACCCUUCAUCCCACACAUUUAAUUGUCUGAUGUAUUGUUAGGUCCACUGCCUCCCAGACGGCUUUGUUAGGGGAAUUUUCUUCUGAUGGCUUCAGAAGACAGAUUUUGUCCCUGUCACCUCUGUCUUUUUAUCCUCAUUCAAAUGGAGGGACUCAGGACAGGCUCUGUGACUUAUAGGGAACCAAUUCACAAUGAGAAAUUACGGGCCAGCCAUAGUGGCUCACGUCUGUAAUCCCAGCACUUUGGAAAGCCAAGGCAGGAGCUUGAGCUUGAGCCCAGAAGUUCAAGACCAGCCUGAGCAACACAGAAAGACCCAUUUCUACAAGAAAUGUACAAGUUAGCUGGGUGUGGUGGUGCACGCCUGUAAUCCCAGCUACUUGGGAGGCUGAGCCCUGAGGUCAAGGCUGCAGGGAGCUAUGAUCACAUCACUGCAUUUCAGCCUGGGCCACAUGGCGAGAUCCUGUCUCAAGGAAAAAAAAAAAAGAGCAAGAGAGAAAUUACUCAGAAACCCAUCCCUUCCCCACAUGGAAGCCUUGGCAAAGGUUAAUUUUCCUAGAAAAUCCUUCAGACCUGGAGAUGCAGGAAAGGGAUCUGGCUCUCAGGUUGGCUUCUGCAUCCCCCCACCCUGCCAGGCCCCAGACUGGUCACAGGGCCAUCCUGUUCCUCCCCGGGGCUCCAGAAUUUCUCUCCUCAAAGGAAAGACAACAGGGCAUGCGCUUGUUGGCAAAGCACAGGGCCAGCUCCCAAAAACCCCAUGUGUGCACGAUUAAAAGUUGGCUGUCCCCAGGCCUCUCGGCGCAAACUUAAAGAGACAGGGCUUUGCUGCAAACCAAACAUGGGCCAGCUGGGUUUUUUAACAACCCAGAGACUUUCCGGAGCUGCCUGGACCAGAGCCUGCGGGAAACGGGGCUUGCCAGAGACACUCACAGUUUCCUUCAUGGCCUGCUCUGUCCCUUAAGAAUCUCCACAUCAUUUUCUUUCUUGUGCCUUUUCCUUGGUGAGCAAGAGAAAGGGAAGGGUUCCAAGCCUCUAAAAAUGUGCCUUGUGAUCAGGAGUGUGCUCCAAACCAAAUAUGUGUGCUGCCCUUUGGAGGCCAGUGAGCUCAGCCUCCACGGCUUUAAAGCCAAAUUUCAGCAAGAGAGUGCAGAGAGCUCGCGGGUUCAUGAAAAAAAGCAAAGCACUGGUUUCUCUCCUUAGAAAAGUAGGUUUCUUGGCUCAAUGUAGAUUGGCUUGCUUUGAUUUUUAGUGAAGGGAAUGUACAUAAAACAAAACAGGGCUUGGCUGGUCAAAAGAGACAAGCAGAUGGCAGGAUGGAUGGAGGAUGGAUGGAUGGAUGGACGGAGGAUGAAUGGAUGGAUGGAUGGAUGAUGGAUGGAUGGAUGGAUGGAGGAUGAAUAGAUGGAUGGAUGGAUGGAUGGAUGGAGAAUGAAUGGAUGGAUGGAUGGAGGAUGAAUGGAUGGAUGGAGAAUGGAU